AUGACCACGUCUAGUGACAUUCUCAUGUUUCCAGCCUUCAGAACCUUCACGUUCACAUGGGCCCUACUUAACACCGUACCUCUCCUCGCGGCGGCAGCGUUACUUGGAUACAUUGUACUCAAUGAGUUCACUCGUCUAGGAAACCGGGUCGGUCGUUUGGCUGGCCCCAUUGGAUACCCUUUGCUAGGAAGUCUACCCUCUCUACGUGGAACCGUUACUUCUGAUGAAUAUCGCAUUUGGGCUGAAAAGUACGGCGAUGUUUUUCAGGUUCCGCUAGGGAAUAUUCCGGCUGUCAUUGUCAACACAGCAGCGGCUGCAAGGGCACUGUUCAUAACCCAGCGAGAAGCCACGAACUCUCGUCCGGUCACUUAUGUGCUACACAAGAAAGUCCAGGGCGGUGGACCGGUCACUAGUAUUGGCACUAGCCCCUGGGAUGAAAGCUGCAAGAGAAGGAGGAAAGUGGCUGCGAGUGCACUCAACAAGACCAGUCUGGAGUCAUACCUACCUAUUCUUGACCUAGAGUCGCGUGCAUUUCUACGAGAUAUCCUCUCAAGCUGCACCAGUGGGGAAGACUACACGGAUGUGCUCGACCCCUCCCGCAAAUACGCGCUGAAUUUGAGUCUAACUGUAUCCUAUGGAACUCGGUACUCUCGCGACCUCCACAAAGAUCUUCUCAUAUCUGAAAUCACCUACAUCGAAGAGGAGAUAGCGAGACUCCGGGACCCUACCAAGAAUUUCUCCAACUACAUUCCACUCUUGCGACUGGUUGGUACGGUGAGGAGCUGGCUCGGUAUUCGAGCGGCAUCACAUAUGGGACAUGUCGGCAAACGUCGCUAUAACUAUCACCAUGUUCUACAGGAGAAGCUAAGACGUGACAUUGCGGAGGGAAUCGAUCGACCUUGCAUUCAAGGGAACGUUCUCAAAGAUCCUGAUAGCAAAGGUCUGACCGAGGGAGAGCUUCUGAGCGUGAGCAUGAGCAUGAUGGCAGGCGCUCACACAACGAAGCGUUCGAUCAUGUGGGCGCUACUCUUGUUGGCACACCGACCAGAUGUCCAGGAAAAGGCGUACCAAGCGAUCAAAGAUACAGACGCUUCUCUCUUAUCAUCUGCCGAUGUUGCUCAAUCUAAAGUCGACUAUCUCGAUGCACUCACAAAAGAACUCGGCCGGUACUACACUGUUCAGCGCCUCGCUCUGCCCAAGGCCACAUACUCUAAUGUCAAGUGGAACGAUGCCAUCGUUCCUCCGAACACGUUGCUCUUCCUCAAUUCUUGGGCGUGCAACAGGGACCCUGCACUUUUCGUAGACCCAUAUGACUUCGUCCCCGAACGUUGGCUGGAUGACGGACAAGCCGCAAAUCGCCACCAGUACAGCUUCGGCAUUGGUGGCCGGAUGUGCGUCGCCAAUCAUGUGGCCCACAAGGCUCUAUACACCGUGUUCUUGCAUUUGAUCGCCCAUUUCCGAAUCUUGCCGGGUACAGAUACAGAGGAUCCUCUCGUUGCCGAUCCGAUCGCAGGGCUUCUGGAAAAAGAGAACCCAGCCGCUGAGCCCAAGAUAACGGUCGCAAGAUUCAUGCCGAGGAAUCCAGAAGCUACAAAGAUGAUGCUGGAGAGUGCAACAACACUGUAG